AUGGGUCGUGCGCCCGUGCCCAAGCAGAUUAGGCCUGCGUGCGUGGCUCAUCUGCUCUCCUGGGCUGCGGUGAAUAUAUCCCCCGACGGUUCCUACGCACCUGCCUCCUCAAUCCUCCGCCCCGCCUCCCCUUACCGACGACUUGGCCUCGGCGCCCACCCCGCCGUCACUGCGGUGCCGGGCGCCGCCGCUGCAUUCUUGAGCCUUCUCCCACGACCCGACCCCCGGCGCCCACGCAGUCGUCUCGGAGGUCCAGGGACCCGACGCCGCAGGUGCAGGGGCCGCCACCGCCGCUGCAGGUCCAGGUCCCCCGGCCGCAGGUCCACGGAAUGUUGCAGCAGGCCCAGGGGCUGCCUCGACGCCGCAGCAGGUCCACGGUGCCGCAUGGAGCCCAAUAUUGCCUCCAAAUCAGAAGUGCCAAAAUUGAUCAGCAGCUGAAUUCUUAUGUCGACGCGUACGAAAAUGGAUAAAGUGGCAGUGGAGUUUAAGAAUACUAGAGAUAUAUUUUGUUUAAAUUUCAGUUUUCCCAGUAGUAUGGGCUUGUACUCUUCACUAUUGUACAUUUACUCACUAGAACUAUAUUAUGUAUCGCAUUAUGUGAACAUGUACUACGUUUGUAAACUUUCUACAAUUAAUGCAGCUUGCUAUGAUUAUUAAAAUUAAUGGUUUC